AAAGAAAGAGAUCGCACCGUCCUCCCCCUUCAUUUUACUUUCCAACAUUGUAUAAAUCAGGCAGUAUCUCUUCCCCACUGUCGACCACUUUGCACCAACGUGGGGAUGGAAAUCUUCCAGUGAAAUUUUAGUGGCAAAAUCUCCUCCUAAUAAAUAAAAUUCAAAAAAAUUGUCAUUUUUAUAGAUUAUAGAUUUUAUAGAACACUAACAAAUAACAAAAAUUAAUUCAACGCCAAACCACAAGUACUUGAAUUGUAAUGACUCAGGGCUCUAAUGUGAACCUCCACUCCUCCCCCAACUCACCAAAAUUUCACCAGCGGGCUUCGAACAGGAGAAGACGGGAAGGAGACAUAGGGACGCAUAGCGCACAUCAUAUCAUUGUUCUCACGUACAACAUACCUCGGUACUGACAUCCCAGAGGGAGCAGCUAUUCAACCUGCGGGUGCGACGACAUAGGUGGAUGUGUACUGAAUGCUGGGAAGAGCUUGGGAAUCUCUUAUCGGUUAGGGACUCUUUUUCGUCACAACGUGCUUAGGGCUUGUCGCUUCGUCGUUUUACGGAAUAUCAUCCUAGGUGCCUUCGUCCGUACUCGGCGGCUUUGAAGCCAGCGGAGUUGACGGCGAUCAUCAUGCCUCGAGACGGAAAGAGCUUGGCAAGUACGUAAGCCGUAAGCAGGCCAAAAAAUCGUUUCGUUCUUAGACAAUGGAGAGUGGCCAUCUAGGGACUUGUUCACUGAAAUUUUGUCCACUUGUGCUUUUGGUCCCAUUCUCCACUUCCGUUCGAGUUGAUUGUUUAGUUUCUUGCUUGUGCCAUGGCCUCGAAACUGCCCAGUCAAUCGUGCAUUAAACACUUGCAAUCAAAUCCACAGAGCAUCAUGGGGAACAUACUAGGCUUUUUCAAAGACCAAAAGACUAUGGAAAAUAUUCCUACUGACCUGAUAGAUCUGCUUCAAGAUCAUAAUCAGACGACUUGGGUACCAGAUUUCCGUUCAUUUUUGACCUCACUCGAUGAACGAACCAAGCAACAUUGGCGGGCUUCGCUCUUGGACUUUGUGCUCCUGGCUCGUUCCAUUCGUGCCCUUCAAGCCAAGCAGGAACAACUUCACUUUGACCUUUAUGGAGGGGAGGAGAACCAGUCCCCUCAGAAAAGGGCCAGAUCGGAUAAUAAGGCCAACAAAAAGGGCAAGAAGAAGUCCAAGCAACAAAAGAAAACAGCCGAGGAAGAGGAAGACCAUCUGAUAAACGAGCACAAUCGACUCUUUGAACAGAUGGAGCGAGUUUUCUUGGGAGAAGAGAGCCAAGGUCCGAUAGCGUUGAGUGAUUCCGUCCUAAGGUCACGAUUGGCCUUUGAAGUCCACGAAGAGAAAAACAGAACAUCACUCAAGCCGAUUUAUGAGGAUUACAAGAAGGACAAUAUCUUUCACUUAGUGUGGCAGGCUCACAACGACCCACUGGUGUGGACCAAAUUGGAAAAACUUUGCGACAAAUACCUCAAACAAAAGGCCCAAAGUGCGAUCUCGCCCAUCGCUGUCUUACUGAGCAUCUUGUAGCAAUGCUCAAAGUUUUUCCUCUCAUCGUGAACCGCCACAAUAACGUUUUAUUAUUGCGAAACUGCCAAGGGUUCCGAAUAAACCAAUGCAGUAAAAACAGUC